CGACGACGACGCUGCUGCUGUCGCUUGUGACCUGUUUCUCUGGGUCAAAGUUGCGAGGAUGAGGUUCUCGUCCGUAGUGAGCGCAGUCGUCGGACUGUGCUCCGCAUCAACAUAUGCAAUCUCGAAUUCCACCACAUCACAAUCCACCCAGAAGUUGUUGAAAGGAGACUUCAAGCCAGCACAAGUAUUCGAGAACACGAACCUCGUUCGAACCGUCAACCUUGAGAAAGGCUACGUGAGAGAGACGACAAAUGUCCUGAUCACGAAUACGGACAAGAACCCGCAAUCCGAAUACUAUGUUCCAUUUGACUACGACGUGAUUGGGAGGAUUGGAGGGUUCGAUGUCAGAGACAAGAAGAAUGCCGAGAAAGGCUCACUUGAGGUCACCGUCGCUCCAUUGGCAGAGGUGCUCGAUGCUUCGGGGAAUUCUUCCAGAUCAACUCAAUACUAUAUUGUCCAUCUCGACGAGCCGGUCCCGCCCAAGGGGACAGUCACCCUCUCCAUAUCCUACCACAUCCUCGGAGCUCUCAAACCUCUCCCUGCAUCCAUCCGACAAGAAGAGAAACAAUAUCUCACCUACGAUUUCUCCGCAUAUGCCCCGUCGGCGUACAAGACCGUCAAGCAAAAGACAAAGGUCAAGUUCCCAUCGACUGAUGUACCGGAGUACACGACGACGGAGGGUCUGACAUCCAACGUCGACCCGGAAAAGCAGGGCACACAAUACUCGUAUGGGCCAUACGACACCUCCAAGGUCUCGCCCGGUACGACGUACCCGAUUUCCGUGCGCUACGAGUUCAACAAGCCCCUUUUGGUGUGUAGCGUCCUCGAACGAGACGUCGAAGUGUCACACUGGGGUGGUAACCUUGCAACCGAAGAGCGCUACUGGCUCCGACACGACGGUGCCUCGCUGUCCAACCACUUUUCACGUGUCGCCUGGAGCACACAAAGCUUCUACGUCAACGCCGGACAGAUGAGCACGUCCGCGUUGCGGGAACUCAAGGUGCCCCUGAGGCCAGGCAGCGUUGAUCCUUAUUUCACCGACGACAUUGGCAACGUGUCGACAUCUCGGUUCCGACCCAACAACGUCCGUGAUGCCAGCCUCGAGCUCAAGCCUCGAUAUCCAUUGUUUGGAGGGUGGAAGUACAGUUUCAGAAUCGGCUGGAACAACGCUCUGUCGUCGUUCCUGCGCAAGCUCAAGACCCCUUCAGACGCAUACGUCUUGUCCGUCCCGCUCGUCCAGGGCCCCAAGAUGGCCGAGGGCAUCCAGUACGAGCAGUUUGUUCUCCGUGUGAUUCUGCCCGAGGGCGCGACCAACGUCAACUACCAGAUUCACGGCGGCACAGGCGUCCCCACUCUCCAUGCCGAGCACAGCUUGCACAAGACCUUUAUGGACACUCUGGGCAGGACCGAGUUGAAGUUGUCCGGCACCAACGUCGUGGACGAGGCGAGGGACAUCAACCUUUUGGUCACGUACGAGUAUACUCUCAUGUCGGCGUUGAGAAAACCAUUGACCAUUGUCGCCGGAUUCGCGGUGGUCUUUGUGGUUGUUUACCUGGUGGGGAGUAUCGAUACGAGCAUUGGAAAGAAGAGGAGGUGAUUUCCGAUGUGAUUGAUAUUGUCAUUGAUGAGGCCCGGGGGGAUAUAUGUUGAACAUAACACACGGUUUAUUGUGUGGUUUCAAAUGUUUCUCUGUAGAUUAGCUAGCUCGAUUUUCCCUUGGGAGGGACUUGAAAAAAAAAGCAUAAACAGUACGGGAUAGAAAUGGACCAGUUAUAAAAGAAAAAAAU